GGCGGCGGCGCGCGUGCGCAGAGGGGGUGACUUUGAGGGCGGCGGAGCGGGAUGCUGAGCAAGCUGGUGGGGCCGCGCUACGUCCAGCUGCUGCAGAACUGGACUCCCACCCUUGUUACAUGGGGUGGCGUAGCCGGGACGGGUAUAAUAUGGUUUACGGACUGGAAACUGGUCCUUCAGUAUGUUCCCUACAUCGGUGGCAAGUAUAAAAAAGAAGACUGAGCUUCCCCCUAAUGGAAAUUUGUUGCUGGACUGAGUGGUUUGGAGCCGUCCUUCUGCUGAGACCUUGCUUUGAUGUGAACUUGUAAUGCCCAGUACAGAUUCUGCAACAGGCUGUGAUGUUCCUUUCUCUCCCAUGAACAGUUGUGACCGCUUGAUUAAGAACAGAAUAACAUCACUUACGACCUGCCUAGUGUGUUUUCUGUGAUAACUUUCACAGCAGACCUCAUUCUGAUGGAAAUAACUUAUAAAAACUGAUGUACAGAAUAAACCAAGUGGAUGUUU